CGGCUCCGGGCCAGCCAGCAGCGAGCCCCGGGCCGGCCUGCCGGCACGCCAUGUCGCUCAGCCCCAAGCCCACGACGACGCCCUUCUCGGUCUCGGACAUCCUCAGCCCCAUGGAGGAGACCUACAAGAAGUUCGGCGGCGCCCUGGAGGGCAGCCUGGGAGGGGCCGCCGCCUACCGCCAGACUCCGCCGCAGCCGCCCCAGCAGCACCCCAUGGCCGCCCACAACUACCACCCCAUGGCGCACGCCGCUGCCGGCGUCACCCAGUUCGCCCACGGCCCCGUGGCCGGCUACUGCAACGGCGGGCUGGGCAACAUGGCCGACCUGGCGCCCUACUCCGACGGCAUGCGGGGCAGCUCAGGGGCCUCCAGCUGGUACGGCGCCAACGCGGACCCCCGCUACCCCACCAUUUCCAGGCUGAUGGGCACGUCGGGGGGCAUGAACGUGGCCGGCAUGGGCGCCCUGUCGGGGAUGGCGGAGGUGGCCAAGUCCUUGGGCCCGGGGCUUCACGCGGCGCCCCGGAGGAAGCGGCGGGUGCUCUUCUCGCAGGCUCAAGUCUACGAGCUGGAGCGGCGCUUCCGGCAGCAGCGCUACCUGUCGGCGCCCGAGCGGGAGCACCUGGCCAGCCUGAUCCACCUGACGCCCACGCAGGUGAAGAUCUGGUUCCAGAACCACCGCUACAAGAUGAAGCGCCAGGCCAAGGACAAGGCGGCCCAGCAGCAGCAGCAGCAGCAGCCCGACGGGGCCCAGGCACAGCCCUCCGCUCAGCCCGCAGCUCCCGCCGCCCCGGCCUCCUCCUCCUCCUCGCCCAGACGCGUGGCCGUGCCGGUGCUGGUGAAGGACGGCAAGCCCUGUCCGCACAGCGUCGCCGCCGCCUCGGCCGCCCCGUCGGGCCAGCAGCAUCCCGCCGCCACGCUGAGCCAAGCGCCGGACCUCCAGGAGCUCUCGCCCAGCCCACCGGCCCUGCCCAGCCAGCUGGGCGCCCUGGCCCCGCUCGACGCCGGCGACUACAGCGGCGGGCUGGUCAACGCCAGCUUGCUCUACGGCCGGACGUGGUGA